ACAAAUAGUGCUUCAUCAUUUAUGUGAUUCUGAUUCCCCGACUCUGCUUGAAACAAGCAGGUUACUGUUGACUUGCCUCUGUCAAUAUGAAGUGGCUAAUAUUUGGGUGGAAAGAAUCAGACAAAGUCCGUCUGUCUAUAACUGUUUCUGCUUUAUCAUGUCUAGUUCUACAAAUGUGGACUUGCUGGUGAAAGUUGGUGAAGUGGUUGAUAAGUUGUUUGAUUUGGAUGAAGAAUUAAUGAUAAACUGGAUUAAAAAAGAUUCUUGUCCAUUAGUGGAGCAGCCCACAGUUGAUUCUCCAGAUGAUGUCCCUAAUUUUAAAAUUCUACCUUGUCUGCUUGAAGCUGCAAAACAAGUUUGCUCAGAUAACAAUUCCGAAGGACUUGAAGUUUAUAUGCAUAUUCUACAGCUGCUCACUACAGUGGAUGAAGGCAUUCAAACAAUUGAUCUGGCUCUGAUUGACAGCAUGAUUAGAGUGUUACAAAACAUGGAUGAAUGUGAGAAGAGAUCUGUAGACAGCUCAAAGAAAUCCCAGACAGAAGAGUGUGAGAAAUUGGAAGUAGUUGAUGACGAUUUCCAUUUAAAAAUCUUGAAGGACAUCUGUUGUGAAUUACUCUCCAAUAUGCUCCAGGAAUUAUCAGAGGAAAACAUAUUGGAGGGGCUCAAGCAAGGUCAUAUAAAUGAACAGAAAUGCUCCUCCGCAUUUCAAAAUCUCCUUCCAUUGUAUUCAUCUUCGGUGGAAAGUUUUCUUGAAGUGCUGCAUGGAGCAGAUCAGACUCUUGCAGACAACCUGAGCAAAAGCUUCCCAAGUUUGAAACUCCAGGCAUAGCUCCAUGUGUCUAUUUUGCUACAAGGAGACUGUGAAUAAUUUGUUUCUCUUUGAAGAAAGCAUUGGGUAAAGAAUUCCAAGCAAAUUGAAACCUAUAUGAGAAUCCUUUUAAAAUGGAGGCAACGUAGCAAAUGGUUUGGAAAAACAAACUCCCUGAAGACUGUUUAGCAUCCGCAGCUCUGCAUUUUUAAAGCGCUGUAGGUGGUGACAAAAUGCAACAUAAUUUUAUAUCUUAGUAGCUAUUGAGGUGGUAAAUUUCAGUUAAAAAUGAACAAAUCUUCAUCGAAGUAUGAAAAAGGUGCUCCUUUUUCCAUAUUAAUGAUAAAAUUAGUUAAGAAUAUUUUUUACAGAGCAUAAUUGGAUUGCUUUGGUUUGUUUGUCUUACAAAGUUAAAAAAUAAUUCAAAAAGUUGUACCAAGAUGAAGCUUAGUUAUAGUAACAUCUAAAACUGGAGAGUUUUGUAACUAAUAAACAAUAUUCGGAUCUAUGUGACAGCUAUUCUGCUUGUGCAUUAUUUUUGUUACAUGAAAUAAAUUCUAAUUCAA